AAACUUUCGACAGCUCAGCAACAUCAUCACUUUGCAAUCGAUCUCGAAUCGACAUUGCUGCAUUCGUCCAUCGUCCACGCUCAACCAAACUGCAUAUCGCAUUGCAGGAGCCUUGGCCGAAUACGUUCCCAGAUCUUGGUCGCCCCAACGCUUGACGCAAAGCUUGGGCUGCAACGACCCGAAAAGGAGAAUACAACUUGACCGGAAGAGUGGCAGCCGGCAAACUAGAACAGUCGUCUGGAAUAACGUACAGCUCGCAGUGAGUAGUGACAGGGUCAGGCAAGGGAAGCAGGAGUGAGGUGGCACCUAAUUCUUUCCUACCACAACUUACCUGCUAUCUGCGAUCACCUACUUUAUCCACCAAGUACUACCACUCUCUACCACUCUUUAACCUAGAACCUCAUCGUCUCCUUCUACCGCACUACCAAGAACCACCUCAGUUGCCAUCAAAUUCCCGGCACUCCAACCUCCAAACACGAUCAAUUCGUCGCUGCAUUCGACACUUCCUUCAACUUCCGUGUAUCAUCCCGACGAUAAACUCUUUCCUGGGCACAUUCGCAGCACAAUCCCAGCUUCUUCUCGCAGUCCUCAUUCGUCGCUCGAGUCGCUCUGCCAGCCUUAUCAUCAUCAUCAUCAACACCUACCUCUCGCACAGCACCGUCCCCUCUCCACGAGACGAAUUAGCUGUAUUUAGAGGAUCAAACAAAAGAAGAAAACGAAGUCGAGUUUGCAUCGUAUCGGCCUGCUUUCCUGCUCAAAUUGUAUCUUUCCAGGCGUGAAGCUAUUUCCCGACCUGCAUAUCCAUCAUGUCUGCAUCGCCACCACCUUCAGCCACGGCGCAAUCGUCGAAGCGUCCCCUCGAAGAGCCAUCCUCGCCGAGCGGCCCCGGAGACCAACCUGAUGCCAAACGUCCAGCGCUCGAUAAAGUUUUGAAGGAAGAAACCACCUCUAGCGAACCCGCGACGGAGACGAGUACUGCUCCUCCUGACGAGAAGCGCGCGUCGGAAACAAAGACAGAGCAAAAUGGUACCAGUGGUGCUGAUAAUGACACGGUAGUGCCAGACGCUCCCACUUCUAUGCCUUCGGGCGCGGAAGUUCUCACAAAUGGUAGCUCCAGCGCUCAACAAGGCCGACAAGAUGAAUCAAAUUGGCUGCAUGUUCGUGCUAUCAUUUCCAGCGCAGAAGCUGCCACAGUUAUUGGCAAGGGUGGAGAGAAUGUGUCACAGAUUCGGAAGCUCUCCGCUGCUAGGUGCACUGUGAGUGACUACGCUCGCGGAGCAGUAGAGCGCAUUCUCACAGUUAGUGGACAAGUUGACGCCGUUGCAAAAGCGUUUGGUCUCAUCAUUCGUACCCUUAACCAGGAACCUCUCGACCAGCCCUCCACCCCCCAAUCGAAAACCUAUCCUUUGCGUUUGUUGAUUCCUCACAUUCUCAUUGGCUCUAUUAUUGGCAAAGGAGGCGUUCGUAUUCGAGAGAUCCAAGAAGCAUCCGGUGCACGUCUCAAUGCGUCGGAGUCUACCCUCCCACUCUCAACGGAACGUUCGCUUGUCAUUCUCGGUGUCGCUGACGCAGUUCACAUUGCGACUUACUAUGUUGGCAGCACUCUAGUUGAGCAAUUGACAGAACGGUUUGGUGGUCCAGCAGCAUCUGCCUAUGCCACACGUACUGGCGGUCCUGCAGGUGUUGUCCCAGGAGGUAUGCAAGUAACGCCUUACGUUCCGCAAAGCGGUGGCGGUCAAUGGGGUCACCCAGAACAUUUCAGGCGACAUGCUCCACCAGCCAGACCACCAGUUCAAGCACCUGCGUAUGGCCAGCCGCCUGCCGUCUACGGCCAACCUGCUCCAGUUCAAGCUCCACAAGCUCUACACUACCCUGCUAGUUCUCCUCGGGCUGGUGGUUAUGCUGGCGCUGGUCCGCAUCAGCCGCCAGCAUAUGGUGCUCCUCAUACACCACAGGUCGCUCACCCACCAGCAGCGCAGCCAAUGCAGGGCGUUGUCCCUGGGCAACCUAUGACGCAACAAAUUUAUAUUCCAAACGACAUGGUCGGCGCAAUAAUUGGCAAGGGUGGUGCCAAAAUAAAUGAAAUUCGACAACUUUCUGGCAGUGUCAUUAAAAUCAAUGAGCCUCAGGACAACAGCAACGAGCGUCUGGUCACCAUUACAGGAACACAAGAGUGCAAUCAAAUGGCUCUAUAUAUGCUCUAUUCUAGACUCGAAAGCGAGAAACAUCGAAUCUAAACAUUUGGGGCUGAGUACUGACACUUGUUGCCAGAGGAGAAGGGUCCUCAGAACAGGAAGUGAAGAUCGAAAAGAUUCCUGUCCAGCAAACAUCGACGAGUCAUCAAUUUAUAAGGAGGCAUAGAUCGACCGAUAUGCACGUGCGAGCACGGUAUAUGGUCAACGGCCGAGCGACCAAUUCGUAAGAGCAGCACAUCAGUGUCAUUUUGAUGCGAACUAGCUCGACGUCAUGAAAAUACACACGUGCUUGAUCUUGGAGGCUUGUUGUACGAGUUGGCACAGGGAGGUGAGCCACAUUCAAGCGGCCUUGAUAUUCUGGAAGUAUAAAAAAACACGUCGCAUUUACUCCGAAUUUGCAACGACAAUGGAAACUACAUUGUUCUUGUCUAUCCCAUUGUUGCCGUCCUUUGACUCGUAAUUUCUGAUGCUCAUGCACGAGUGGUCGCACGAUUCUUUUAGCCUCACUCAAAUUUUC